AUGGAUAUUGACCCAAUGGAUACACUAAAAUUGGCGGAAACGGAGGCAUUAUUAUGGGCGGAGGCACAAGUCAUUCCCGCUCAGGGUACAGAUCGCCAUAUUCCAGGAUCUCAGGCGACAACCCCAACAAUACCAGGUAGAUGGUGUUUCACAGAUGGGUCAUGGAAAGGGCAGGAUAAUUUUUCGGGACAAGGAUGGUAUAGCACCUUGGAAGGUUAUGACGGACUUAUGGGUGCAAGGAAUACAAGAGCCACUAGGUCGCCAUUACAUUCAGAAAUGGAGGCGUUAAUUUGGGCGAUGGAAUGUAUGAGGAAUUAA